CGAUCUUACCGUCGAUAAAAAUCGCCUCUCUUGCAAUGCAGAGGCGGUUGCACCACGUACGACGCCGCGCCGCGCGCACUCGCCUCGCCGUCGCCGCCAUGGCCGCGCUCUUCUUCGUCCUUCUGAUCCCGCUCAUCCUGCUCGCCGGCGGAGGGCAAGUCGCCGUGGAGUCGGCGGCGACGAGUAGGGGCAAGCUGAUCAUGGUCGACCUGCUGGAGUACGGGAGCGGCGCGGGGACGCUGGCCAUGAGGGUCGACACCAUCCACGCCGCCGGCUUCGCCAACCGGAGCGGCCACUGGCACGCGCUGCGGGGCAACGGGCACCUGUUCGACGCCCUCGGGCUCGCCGCGGCCCGCCUCCCGUUCGGGAACACCUACGCCGACCUCGUCGGCGGCGUCGCCAACCUGCGCGGCCUGCCCAUCUCGAUGCCCUUCACGAACCGCGCCGCCACGGUGCUCUCCGGCUACGACCCGGCCACCGCCGCCGCCGGCGGCGACGGCGAGGCGGCGCUGAAGCGGGCGCUGGCGACGCUCACGGUGGCGAUCGGCGAGGCGCAGCGGCUCCGGCCGGUCAUGGACACCCUCCUGUUCGGCGGGCUGGGGGCCCGCGUCGCCGACGAGCACCUGCCGUACAUCGAGCACUGGGACGCCAUGUGGGAGGAGCUGACGCGGUGGAGGAGGAGCGGCGGCGGCGCGUGGGGGGGGCCGUUCACCGGCGUGCUGAGGGAGCGCGCCAACAUCGGCAGCGCGGAGGACGCGCUCGCCGUCAUCGGGGUGGCGUUCCGGGAUCACCUGCUGCGCGGCGCCACCAUGCCCGACCUGAGCCCCCGUUCGAUGGGAUACUCUGAUGGAGAUCUCUAGUUAAUUAACUCAUCGUCACUCAGAAGAACAGGGGUUAACAACGUUGUGUUAGCGCGCGGCAAAAGUUACCGUCGUGAUCAUUUCUGGGCUACUUCCAGCAGGAGAUCGGCCUAGCUGGUGUCUUAAUUAAUUAUAUGUGAUGUGCUGUUCCGUUUUCUGUGA